UUCAUACUUUACAAAACGUAGAGCAAAUCUAGAGAGAGAGAGUUAGAGAGAGAAUGGGGAGAGAGGUGUCAGAGAGCUGCGUGGAUAGUCUACUAACCGAAAUGGUCUCCUCUUACUGCGAUCGCUUCUACGCCAAUAAGCCUGACCUCGCCGCUCGUCGGAUCGAAGCCAUUGGCUUUCAGGUCGGCCUCCAGCUCUCCGAACGGUAUACCAUGGAGCGGCCUCGUUUCAGUGAUCAUCUAGAGGCAAUCAAGUUCAUCUGCAAGGACUUCUGGUCCGAGCUCUUCAAGAAGCAAAUAGACAACUUGAAGACCAAUCAUAGAGGUACAUUUGUCUUGCAAGAUAAUCGAUUUCGUUGGCUUGCACGUAUGUCAAUCGACCCAUCUCCUGAAAAUGGAGAUUUAUCUCAAGAUAAUCCUCCGGCCGAAAACAAGGCAGCACAAGCUACUAGCAUGCAUCUAUAUUUCCCAUGUGGAAUCAUAAGGGGCGCUCUUUCAAAUUUGGGAAUUCCUUGUGCAGUUACUGCAGAUAUAUCCAACCUUCCUGCAUGUUCAUUUGUGGUUCGCAUAAAAGCCUAAUGAGCACUACAAGUCUACAACAGAAGAUUGGGGCUAGGACUACAGUUUGAAGUAUUGGCUAUUGUUUAAAUUAGGACUUGUGAUCUUCCCCUUUCCCUUUCGAACAACAGUUACUUGAUUUGUGAACUACGCUUCAAUAUCAGGUCAUCUCACAUUAAAACUCAGGAAUAUAUAGGGGGGAAUCUCUGUUGCAUGUAUAUCUUGAAUUUCUGAUACAAAUAUUGCCGAGGCUUGGUUGAUUACCAGAUUGUUUUUUCAGUAAUGAGGGUGCCAGUGGCCAAGAAUGUAAGAAGAAUGUUAAAGUAAUUAAUAGUGCAACAAUUAACCUUCAUUCAUUUUAGCAUUUAUAAUGAAACAUAGCCUCAACAAGGUACUGAUAA